AUGCCACCAAAACCGCGAGGAAGAGGCAGCACGCGUGCGCGCGCAAGCGCAAGAGGGGGAGCUGCUGCAGCUCGAACCACAGACGGCGCCAGUGAAGGCGCCGAGUCGACGACAACCCCGCAAACGUUUGGUGAAUCCGCUGCCAGUGAACCUGCACCCGCUAUCGUACCCAAGGAAGAGGGCGACGGCGACGCAAAGCCACCAUCACCUGCAGAACAUGACUCCUCGACAAACGACGAUACUUCUGCGACUGCAACACCACAAGAGGGCGCCGAGGCCGCGACACGCCCUCCCGUACAGCGCCUGGGCGGCCUGAGGAGCGCAGAGCCGUCUUCACGAUCUGCGUCGCCCUCCGUCAAGCGAGGCAGCACGCGCGGCGGCAAAAAAGGCCCAGUCAAACCCACCUUCACCGGCCGCCGAAGCAAGGAGGAGCGCGCGGCCCUCGAAAAGGAAGCACUGGAGCGCGAGAAGAUCAGAAACAGAGAACGAGAGAAAGAGGAUGCGUUCCAAGCCAGGAAGAAAGAGAGAGAGGCAGCAAAGGAAGCUAGCAGAGCUACAAGGGGACGUGGUGGCUACAGCAGUGCUAUGAGUGGACCCUUCUCGCUCGGUAGCUCGAAAGAAGACAGAAAAACAAACCACCGCAGCUUCUCAGGCUUUGGUGCUGGUUCGGGAUCACGCGCAUUCCGCGUCAAGAACGAGGGUGACGACGGCGGUCCAAGCAGAGGCGGGUAUAGUGGAGGCGGUGGUAGCGGCGGCGGCGGCGGCGGCGGCGGCGGAGGUAGCUCAUCGAUCAAGAGAGAAGACGGCGGUAUCGUGGAGUCCUCCGAGGAUGAGGAAGAUCAGGAGUUCCCUCGCAGAGAUAUCGACCUCAUCGAAAUAUCGGACGACGAGGACGGCGCAGACGUCAACGAACGUCCCUCACGAUCAGUGCUCCCUAUCCGGAUCACACGGAAAGAACACCAAGAGAAGGCGCUCGCACUCAACACUGACGCCAGCGCCGAGACCGCGCCCAAAGACACAGCAGAGGCGACUGGAACAGCUGGCCGCAAGUCUGCAGGGGAACGCUCAGGCCAGACAUCUCGCAAGGGGAAGGGCAAGGCGAGCGACGUGGAAAUCACUGGCGUGCGCAAGCCAUUUAAAGGUGUAUGGCAGGACACCGACGACUCCGAUGCCCAGGUCAAGACCGAACAGGCCAGCGACGACGAGCAAAUGCCUGAUGCCGAACAAAUAGGCAUGGACGCCGACCAGACCGAACCGCCACAGAAAGCGGAGCCCCCAUCACCAUCCACAGAACGCAAAGCCAAGGGCCGGUCCAAGAGUAUAGCAGAGCCCGUCCUCCAAACGGACGAAGACCGCGCAGAAUGGGCACGCUUUCUCGAGAACCGCAAGCACAUCCGCGCCGAACUGGGGCCAGACGAAGUGCCCACCGUAGACCCUUCAGGCGACACAGCCAUGGCCGACGGCGCAGCACCCGCCCCCAAGCCCUCAGUACGCGACAACAACGUCUACCUGUUCCAGAUCCCACCGCUCAUGCCCGAACUCCUUGAACCAGGCGUCAAGAAAGAAGCCGCCCCCGACUCGGCCGAACCCUCGGCACCCGCGCCGCCCGUCAAGAAAGAAACACCCAAGAUCAAACUCGAAGAGAACUUCUCCGACCCCGCCGCCCGACCGCUGCAGGGCCCUCGCUUCGCGAGCGGCAUGGUAGGCAAGCUGCGGGUGCGCCAGUCCGGGCGCACGACGCUCGACUGGGGCGGCACGAGCUACGAGCUGGCGCCGGGCAACAGGGCCAGUUUCCUGCAGGAGGUCGUCAGCAUCCACGUCGUGCCCGACAAGGACCGCGUCGUGCCUGAAGAUGCUGGCGAGGCUGUUUCGUUUGGCCGCGUCAAGGGCAAGUUUGUCGUCACGCCGGAUUGGGCCGAGAUGCUGGGGUGA